AUGGAAGUUUACUUGAAUUCCUUCUUGGACGUCCCUUUUAUAUUGUUUUAUCUUUGGAUUGGAAUGACAUUAUCACUGAAUCUUGAGGACCCCAAUGUUUGCAGCCAUUGGGAAAGUUAUUCAGUGACAGUACAGGAAUCAUAUCCACAUCCCUUUGAUCAAAUUUACUACACCAGCUGCACUGACAUCCUAAACUGGUUUAAGUGCACACGACACAGAAUUAGUUAUCGUACAGCCUAUCGGCAUGGAGAAAAAACUAUGUACAGACGUAAAUCCCAAUGUUGUCCAGGAUUUUAUGAAAGCAUGGAAAUAUGUAUUCCCCACUGUGCUGAUAAAUGUGUCCAUGGCCGCUGUAUUGCUCCAAACACCUGUCAGUGUGAGCCUGGCUGGGGUGGAACCAACUGCUCCAGUGCAUGUGACCGAGACCACUGGGGUCCUCACUGCAGCAGUCGCUGCCAAUGUAAAAAUGGAGCCUUAUGCAACCCUAUCACAGGAGCCUGCCACUGUGCAUCAGGCUUCAAGGGCUGGCGCUGUGAAGAUCGUUGUGACCAGGGCACCUAUGGGAAUGACUGCCACCAGAAGUGCCAGUGUCAGAAUGGAGCAACCUGUGAUCAUGUGACUGGAGAAUGUAGAUGCCCUCCUGGAUAUACUGGAGCCUUCUGUGAGGAUCUUUGCCCUCCUGGCAAGCAUGGGUCACAGUGUGAAGAGAGAUGCCCCUGCCAAAAUGGAGGAGUGUGUCAUCAUGUCACUGGUGAAUGCUCUUGCCCUGAUGGUUGGAUGGGCACAGUGUGUGGUCAGCCUUGCCCUGAAGGUCGCUUUGGAAAGAAUUGUUCCCAGGAGUGCCAAUGCCAUAAUGGAGGCACCUGUGACUCAGCCACAGGUCAAUGUCACUGCAGUCCAGGCUAUACUGGAGAACGGUGCCAGGAUGAGUGCCCAGUUGGGACAUUUGGAAUGCAGUGUGCCGAAAUUUGCCAGUGCAUGAAUGGUGGGAAGUGUUACCACAUCAGUGGAGCCUGUCUUUGUGAACCUGGCUACACUGGAGAGUACUGUGAGGCAAGGCUGUGUAACGACGGGAUCUAUGGCAUCAAAUGUGACAGAAAAUGCCCCUGCCAUUUGAAGACUACCCAUAGCUGUCAUCCUGUUUCUGGAGAAUGUUCUUGCAAACCAGGCUGGUCUGGACUCUACUGCAACGAAACCUGUGCACCUGGAUUCUAUGGGGAAUCCUGUCGACAGCUAUGUGGCUGCCAGAACGGUGCCGACUGUGACAGCGUGACAGGGAAAUGCUUCUGUGCGCCUGGAUUUAAGGAUGCUACUUGUUCUACUCCUUGUCCUCUAGGAACAUAUGGAAUAAAUUGUUCUUCUCAGUGCAACUGUAAAAAUGAUGCCACUUGUUCUCCGGUAGAUGGUUCCUGUACCUGCAAAGCAGGUUGGCAUGGUGUGGAUUGCUCCAUCAACUGUCCCAGUGGCAAGUGGGGCUUUGGCUGCAACUCAACCUGUGAAUGCCUGAACAGAGGAGCUUGCAGUGCUCUGGAUGGAACCUGUACAUGUGCUCCUGGAUGGCGAGGGGAAAAAUGUGAAUUUGCUUGCCAGGAUGGAACAUAUGGGCUGAACUGCAUGGAACGUUGCGACUGUAGUCAUGCUGAUGGCUGCCAUCCCACCACUGGCUAUUGCCACUGUCUCCCUGGAUGGUCAGGUAUUCAUUGUGACAGUGUGUGUGCUGAAGGGCGCUGGGGCCCAAACUGCUCCCUGCCAUGUCACUGCAAAAAUGGUGCAUCCUGCUCACCUGACGAUGGAAUCUGUGAGUGUGCACCAGGUUUCAGAGGCACCACCUGUCAAAGAAUUUGCUUACCUGGAUUUUAUGGACACCGUUGCAGCCAGAAAUGUCCUCAGUGUGUGCACAGCAGUGGACCCUGCCACCAUAUCACUGGACUGUGUGAUUGCUUACCUGGCUUCACAGGAGCUCUUUGUAAUGAAGUUUGUCCCAGUGGUAGAUUUGGAAAAAAUUGUGGGGGAAUUUGCACAUGUACCAACAAUGGAACCUGUAAUCCCAUUGACAGAUCUUGCCAGUGUUACCCUGGUUGGAUUGGCAGUGACUGCUCUCAGCCCUGCCCACCUGCGCACUGGGGUCCAAACUGCAUCCAUACAUGCAACUGCCACAACGGAGCCUAUUGCAGCGCCUAUGAUGGAGAAUGCAAAUGUACAGCAGGCUGGACGGGUCUCUACUGCACCCAGAGGUGUCCUCUGGGGUUUUAUGGAAAAGAUUGUGCGUUAACAUGCCAGUGUCAAAAUGGAGCCGAUUGUGACCAUAUCUCAGGACAAUGUACUUGCCGAACCGGAUUCAUGGGGAAACACUGUGAACAGAAGUGUCCCUCAGGAACAUAUGGCUACGGCUGUCGACAGAUAUGUGACUGUCUAAACAAUUCUACUUGUGACCACAUCACAGGAACUUGUUACUGCAGCCCAGGCUGGAAGGGUACAAGAUGUGAUCAAGCUGGUAUUUUAAUAGUUGGGAACUUGAACAGUUUAAGCCGAACAAGUACUGCUAACCCUGCAAAUUCUUAUCAGAUCGCAGCUAUUGCAGGCAUCAUUAUUCUUGUCCUGGUUGUGCUCUUCCUGCUGGCUCUGUUCAUUAUUUAUAGACACAAACAAAAGGAGAAGGAAUCAAAUAUGCCAGCAGUUACCUACACCCCUGCUAUGAGGGUCAUCACUGCAGAUUAUACUAUUUCAGAUACCCUUCCUCAAAGUAAUGCUGGAAGCACCAAUAAUCAUUAUUUUACCAAUCCAAGUUACCACACACUCACCCAGUGUUCUACAUCCCCUCAUGUCAACAACCAAAAUAGGAUGACGAUUGGAAAGUCAAAAAACAACCAGAUGUUUGUGAACAUAAAAAACAUGGAUCCUGGAAAGCGAGGGCCUGUUGUGGACUACACAGGGACACUCCCAGUAGACUGGAAACAUGGCGGCUUCCACAAUGAGCUUGGUGCUUUUGGACUUGAUAGAGAAUACAUGAGGAAAUCCUUAAAAGAUUUAGUAAAGAAUUCUGAAUAUAAUGCAAGCAGCUGUUCACUAAAUAGUUCUGAAAAUCCCUAUGCUACUAUUAAAGAUCCACCAAUACUCACACCCCAAAACUCAGAGAGUGGCUACGUGGAAAUGAAGUCACCAGUACACAGAGACUCUCCAUAUGCUGAGAUCAGUAGCUCAGCUUCAGCCAAUAAGAAUGUCUAUGAAGUUGAACCCACAAUGAUUAUUGUACAAGAAGUAUUAAGCAAUAAUGGACCUCUCAGCCAGGAUCCAUAUGACCUUCCAAAGAACAGCCACAUUCCAUGUCAUUAUGAUUUACUACCAGCUCGAGACACUUCAUCAUCUCCUAAGAAAGAAGUCAGUAGCAGCAGCAGCAGUGAAUGAUGAUAUUUUAUUGGACAUGGUAGAACAUUUUUAAGAACUCUAAUUCUCCUCCUCCUUGUAAUUUGUCACCUUAUUUUGGAUGCUGAUCAAUGUGAUAGACAGAUGCUAAAAAUAUUAACCAAGAAUCUCACCAUUUUAUAUUUGUUGAAGGUGCUUAGUAGGUGACAUACAGACUGAGGAGAUGCUAGUGUUCUCACUUGUGACUCUUGAUCUUAGCUCCACAAGAAGCACGUUGACAACAUAACACACAAUCUAAAAGCACUCAUUUGCAGAUGAACUUCACACAGAAAUUUCAGUGAGCACAGAAUACACACUCUGUCUC